AUGACCACCGUCACUGCAGCCCGCUACUAUGGACCGAAAGAUGUCAGGAUCGAGGACAUUGCACAGCAAGAAUGCGGGCCUCUACAGGUGCGCGUCAAGAUUGCCUUCUGCGGCGUCUGUGGCUCCGACCUUCACGAAUAUCUGGGGGGACCGAUCCUCACCCCUCAGUUUGGCCACGCACAUCCGCACACCGGCCUGCGGCUGCCCGUCACUUUGGGCCACGAGAUGUCGGGCACUGUCGUCGAGGUGGGAUCCGCAGUGACUACGGUUGCUGUUGGCCAGCAGUGUGCCGUCAACCCGUCGGUUGACGACCGCCACCACGGCCUCGAGCAGUGUAGGCCCUGUAGCCUUGGGAAGCCGAACCUCUGCAAGCGCUGGGCGUGCUACGGCCUGAGUGCUCUCGGGGGAGGGCUCUCCGAUGAGAUUGUAGUGCACUCCGCCAGCAUCGUGCCCGUUCCGUCGUCAAUCCCUCUGAGUGUAUCGGCACUGUGCGAGCCUCUCGCCGUGGCAUGCCACAUGAUCCGCGUGUCUGAAUUUCAACCUGGCGACAGCGUCCUGAUCCUCGGUGCCGGGCCGAUUGGUCUCGCGAUCCUGCUGCUCCUGAAAGUGCAGGGGGUAGGCCAGGUCUUUGUCAGCGAGAUCUCACCCCUGCGGUCCGAAAAGGCGAAGCACUUUGGCGCAGACGCGGUCAUAAAUCCAGCCCAAAAGGUCCAAGGAAACGACAGAGACGUCGUUGUCGGCUUUGUGCACGGCCAGACCGACGGCGGCGUCGACAUUACCUUUGAUGCCACGGGAAUCCAAGCAACGCUUGACACAGCGAUUGCGGCUACAAGAGCAGGAGGCACGAUUUUCAACGUGGCCAUCCACGACAAGCCGCUGCAGAUCGACCCGAACGCCUUCACUUUGAUGGAGAAGAAAUACAUGGGUGGGCUCUGCUACACUUCCGAGGACUUUGCAACCGUGGUGGAAGCGUUGGCGUCUGGCAAGCUGAGGGCAGAGGAGAUGAUUACUGCCAUUGUACCCCUGAGCGAUGUCAUCGGUGGAGCCUUUGAGGAGUUGAUUAGCAACAAGGAUAGGCACAUCAAAAUACUAGUCCGUCCUCAGUAG